AUGGAGAAUAUGAACGUAUAUAUUCCGGAAGGGAAUAAUCCCUAUCCUUCUAUACAGUAUAAUUAUGCACAGAGCACUGAAGAACAAAGUCAUAAUGAUUAUGAUAAUAGUUCCACAUCUCUUAAUGUAGAACCUGAGCAUCUUAAACAUCAUGUUAAUUUAAAGGAUGUAAAACAUUUAGUAUUAGAGUUACCUAUACCUACAGAUUUACUUGGAAACAUUCUUAGGAAGGAUUCAAAAGAAUUUACACAUGUGAGAUAUACCGCCUGUACAAGUGAACCUGACAACUUUGCGAAAAAAGGAUUUACCCUUCGUCAAGUAGAAACAAGUCCUCCGAGACCAAUAGAAUUGUUUAUUAUGUUAGCUAUGCAUAAUGAAGAUAAAGAUCUGUUAUCCCGUACUUUCCACGGAGUUGUGAAAAAUAUUGCUCACCUCUGUACUCGUAAAAGAUCUAAAAUUUGGGGUGAGGGUGGAUGGAAGAAAGUUGUUGUAUGCAUAGUUGUUGAUGGUCGUGAGAAUAUCGAGAAGAGUUCUUUAGCUUAUUUAGCAGCUCUUGGUGUCUAUCAAGAUGGUGUUACAGUAGAAAAAGUGAAGGAUGACGCUGUUAAUGCACAUAUAUUUGAGUAUACAACUCAGAUUUCAAUCGAUCAUUCUAUGAACAUUAAAACAGAAGACUCUGAAGUUGUUCCAAUCCAAUUCUUCAACCCAAUAUGUGUUCUUAUUGAUGUUGGCACUGAACCAGGUCCUAAAUCCAUCUAUAAUCUAUGGAAAGCAUUUGAUGUAGACCCAAGUGUUGCAGGAGCUUGUGGCGAAAUUGUUGUCAAGAAAGGUAAAGGUCGUGUUAAACUAUUGAAUCCAAUCGUGGCUGCUCAAAACUUUGAAUAUAAAAUGAUUAACAUUCUGGAUAAGCCAUUUGAAUCAGUAUUCGGGUAUAUUACUACUUUACCUGAGGCCUUUUCUGCAUACCGGUACAUUGCUCUACAGAGUAUUAUUAAUGAGGACGAAGGUCCUCUAACAUCUUAUUUUAAAGGUGAAAUCAAUGUUGCUAAAAUGUAUCAUGCUGGAGGUCGUAUUUUUCCUUUUGAAUUGGUUACAAGACGUGGAUAUUCUUGGUUAUUACAUUAUGUUAAAUCCUCAAGAGCUGAAACUUAUGUACCUGAAGAAGUUUGUGGGCUAAUUAAUCAGCGAAUACGUUGGUUAAGUGGAUCACUUUUUGCUAGUUUUUAUGUUAUUACACAUUUUUAUUAUAUUUGGAGAAGUGAUCAUUCUUUUGUUCGUAAGCUUUUUUUGCUUAUCGAAAUGGUAUUCCAAGCAUGCAAAUUUGUAUUCUCAUGGUUUUCCCUGGGAAAUUUUUAUUUGAUAUUCUAUAUCUUGGGUAGUAUCUUCUCUAAUUCUCAAGUAAUAGCAAUCCCUGCUCCCUGGAGUCACUAUGUCGGAAUAAAAAUAUUCAUGGUCUUACAAUAUGCAUUUCCUGGACUAAUGAUCGUGCAAUUCAUAUUGGCCUUAAUGUAUAGAUCUCGAAGGUCGAUAAGACGAGAGACUAAAGAUGAAGAAGAAAAAUUAGAAAAAACUGGUAUUAUGGGAACUUCUCAUGAUGUAGACUCUACAUACAGAGAUGCAAUCCGAGCAAUAAGACAACCAUCCUUUAGAGAAAGGUCUAUAACACAAGAUAAACACGAAAACUUUCAGAGAGACUCUCGAUCGACAAUGAUUCUGCUUUUCUGGUUAUUUAGCAAUGCUGCAUUGAUUAUUGACGGUCCGAAACAUGCUCAAUUGUAA